CGUAAACAAAACCCGCAAAAUUUCACCAAAAUCAAACCCCACACCCAUCCAAACUUCUGUUUCUCAUAAUCUUAUCUAAUCCCCAACACAAGUACUCUAAAUUUUCCAUUUCUUUUCAGCUUUAAUGCCGAAAAAAGGAGGGGCUGCACUCCAAAAGGAUGUGCCGUGGAGGCAAUCUUCCGCGAAACCUCUUCCCAAAAUCCACCACUCUCCUAUUCUUCGUCUUCCCAAUACUCCUUACUCUAAUUACGCUCUUUCCGUCACCAAGCAUCCUAAUCCUGUAGGAAGUGGGUUGGCUACAGAUGCUAUUGUGGAAGCAGCUGGUCCUGAUUGCAUCGUCCCUGGACAAAUUAAACCCAUCAGAUUACUCGGUCUCAAGGUUUGGCCAAUUGAAGUUGACCUUAAAUUUUUAGAACCAGUUGGACGAGAACUUAAGCUGCUUGGAAAGUUCAUGGAUGAUGCUGUCAGCCUCAUGAACAAAUCCUUCAUAGAUCGGUAGUUGCUUCAGAUUUUUAGUUGUUAAGAGAGCAGAACUACAGCCUGAGUGUUCUGAACCAUUUUUGCUAUGCAGAAGUCUAGCCGAGCAGAGUGACUGUAGAUAAAAUUUUCUUCUGCCCUUAAUGUUUCUUCCUUUAGAUCAAAUAAUUUCUUGGUCAAAAGAUGGAUGUGGACAUAUGGAGGUUGAAGUUUCUUCAGUGUUUCGGGUCAUUUUUGUCUUGUGGACUUAUUUACUAUGACUGGAAUCAUGGAUCUGUAUACUUUCUUAAAUUUGAAUCAAAUAUUAUAAUGGAGUUUUCGAAUUUUUGACAUUUUCAAUAAGUUGCAUGGAUUGCGUUGCAUUGUUCAUGUCUGAUUGAUCAACUGCUUCUGGUCUUAAUAUAUACUCAUCAACACACUGAAAGAGGUUAAACACAA